GGCCUGCGGACAGCUGCGGAUUUGGCGGAGCGCUCAGAAAGAAUUUCACCGUGUUUGGGGUUGCAUCUACCGCGUCGCGUGACCGCAUCAGAGUCCACAGCAAGUAAAAGGAGGCCCUUGGCAUCACAAAUCGAGCAUUUCAAGUACGAAUUCGAGUGUUUUUUGAGACCGGAAAGGUAGCUGGAAAAACUAGAGACCAGUGCAAAGUGGCGAAAAGUCGCGAUUCUGGGCGAAGCGGACUGCUAAUAUGCUGAUGUAGCAGCGAUUCAGUGCGCAAAUUGUCCAACGAAAGGGAAUUCGCCAGAGAAACAAGUUGUUGCUCCAGCCGCCGGGCAGAGAAAAAGUGCAAACAUCAACUUAAAACGCAAGCAAAACUAAUUGAAAUCAAACCAAAUUCAUACGAAAUGUCGCCAUUCAUGGAGAAGACGUUGUUGUUGUUAGGCGUGCUCUGCUGCAUACAAGUGACCACUGCCCUGAUGUGCUACGACUGCAACAGCGAGUUCGAUCCCCGCUGCGGCGAUCCCUUCGAGCCGUACUCCAUUGGCGAGGUGAACUGCAGCAAACAGGAGCCGCUGGAGCACCUGAAGGACAAGUACAAGCCCACCCUGUGCCGCAAAACCGUGCAAAAGAUUUACGGGAAGACCCGGAUCGUGCGAGGAUGCGGAUACAUCCCAGACGAGAACACCGACAACAAGUGCGUGAGACGCUCGGGAACCCACGACGUGGCCGCCAUCUACUGCUCCUGCACCAAGGAUCUGUGCAACGGAGCCAACUCGAAUGCUGGCCAGUGGAUGAUGCUGCCCCUCGUCCUGGCUGCCGGAUUGGCGCUCCUGCUGAACUCGAGGCACACAAUACGAUUCCAGAGCUCGUAAAUUGGGCUCGAACUAGCAUUUCACUGCGUACACCUGUACUUAUCGUUUUCGAGUUUGUUUUUAGUGGUUUUUCGAUUCAGUUCUGCAGUUGAUGCUCAUUUAAAUGCAUAAUUUACUUUAAUAUAUAUCAUUUAAUGUGUUCGUAAGCGUAAAACUAAUAAGAAUAAUACGGAAAUUAACCUAAAUUAUAUGUUCGCAUGCAUUAUAUAAAACAGCAGGAUUAAAUUGAAAAUGGUAACACACACUUUUGGGGGCAGUAAUAAAAGAACCUUUUUAAGCCUUUGUUCGAAAUUAAUUUUAAAAUACAGAAAAACUGCCAGUAAAUGUCUCCGCCUAAAAAAUUCAACCGUCGACCCUAAAAAAAAAGUCCUUAGUAAGAAAUGCAGAUCCAUGAUCUACUACGUAAGUCGUAACCCAAAAUAACUCAAAAUCAGCGACGUAGGAAUACCUUUUUGCAUGAGAUCGAGCGAUAAAGGGUUUUCUUACUCAAAAUUUGGGGAUUUAUUUAUGAAAACUCCGUUCUCUUUUGUUUUUACAAAUAUUUAAAUUUUAGUUUGUAACUGGGUGAAUCUUUAAAGGCUUGCCCUUCAAGAAACCUGAAAGUGCAAAUUUUAAAGAUGAACAUCUAUCUUUGCGAGAAAUUCUUUGCAGUAAAGAGGAUUAUUUGAUUAUUUUGUGUCAGGUAUAUAUGGGGAUUCUAUCAACCACCUCUGGUAAGGAAAUCCAUGCUAUCAUUUUGUUUUUAAGCUUUUGUUCGGAGUACUAGUCUCAAUACUUAGCAAUUGAACAGUUUUGUGUAAUUGAAGAAAAUAAAUGGGGAAGGGCAUCCUCAAAGGCAAACCCUAUAUGAAACCGAUUAGUGCAAGUUCUAAGGAUGAACACCUAUCUUUACGGCAAAGAAAUUGCAAUAAUUUGUAUUCAUAACUCAUUUAAAAGCAGAAAAUCAAUUUUCGUAACGAGGAAAUGAUAAGAGUAGCAUUGAAAUUUAUACAGAGUAAAUAAAUGAAACCAAAGGAGAAUCCAAUCCAUCAAAUACUAAAUACGAGAAGGGAAUAGUAAAGUUUGUCCAUCAUAAGCUUCAUGAAAACUAAGCCAUACUAUACAGCCAUGAUCCCUAAGAAACAUUUUCAACGGAUUUCCACGAAAUUCUGGCGGAAGUGGAGCUGCUAGCAUGGCUGAUAUACAUAAAUCUUCCUAAUACUUUAGACGGAAAGUGCAUAAACAUUUUGAUUUGUGUCCCCAAUACAAUUCUAACACAAAACCGAGGUACAGUCAACACAAAGCAUUGCAAGAUAUUAAUAAACAGAAACACUAGCCAACAUAUAAAAACCAGUUACAAACACAUCAUUUUGUGUAGAAAACAAAAACAAAGAUAUAUAUAUACAUAUAUAUAUAUAUAUAUAUAUACAUGAAAAAUUGCAUAAAUUAUAUAACAUUAUAUUUAUUUAGUUAAAUAUUAUUAAGAAUUAUAUGGAAAGAUAAUAAGAUAAAUACAGAGAGAAGCGAGAGCAUAUGUAGAUAAACCUAACUAAUUUUAAUUUAUAAAAUGAUAACAAACACUAGCCGUUGUAUCGUAAUAGUCGAAAAAUAAGAGAAUAAUUAAAUGGCGAAAAAGAAGGAAAUUUAAAAUCAAUACCCCAUUAACUAGUCGCAGUACUUAAGGUUCCACAACCAAACCGAUUAUGAUGGAUAAUUUCGAUUUUGUUCUGCAUCUGAAGCGAUUUUCCAAGGAAGUACCCAAACAAAACUAUUGCAACUCAAGCACAUCCAAAAAAAAA